GUCCCAGAGAUGUCACCGGUACCUUUGCUGCUGCUGCUACUGACCCUGGACCCCACAGGGGCCUCGCUGAUGCGGAUCCGUCUUCACCGAGCCCACACUGGACGAGGGACCUUGAACCCACUGAGAGGAUGGGGGAAGCCAUCAGAGCCCCCCGGACUGGGCACCCCAUCCCCUGGGGGCAAGCCCAUCUCUGUGCCUCUCUCCAAGAUAUUCAACGCCCAGUAUUACGGAGAAAUCGGGCUCGGAACGCCCCCCCAGAACUUCACUGUCAUCUUCGACUCUGGCUCGUCCAACCUCUGGGUCCCGUCCACGAAAUGCCACUUCAGUCUGCCCUGCUGGUUCCACCGCCGCUUCAACUCCUCAGCCUCCAGCUCCUUCAAACCCAAUGGGACCAAGUUUGCCAUUCAGUAUGGAACUGGGCUGCUGAAGGGCUUCCUGAGUGAGGACAAGCUGACCCUCGGAGGAGUCACAGGGGCGUCGGUGACCUUCGGGGAGGCUGUGUGGGAGUCCGUGCUUUUCACUGCCGCUUUAAGUGAUGGGAUAUUGGGCCUCGGCUUCCCCACUCUGGCCGUGGGAGGAGUUCGGCCGCCGCUGGACGUGCUGGUGGACCAGGGGCUCCUGGAUAAGCCUGUCUUCUCCGUCUACCUCAACAGGGACCCCAAAGCGGCUGACGGAGGAGAGCUGGUUCUGGGUGGCUCAGACCCCGCGCACUACAUCCCGCCCCUGACCUUCGUACCCGUCACAGUCCCUGCCUACUGGCAGGUCCGCAUGGAGGGGGUGAAGGUGGGCACAGGACUGACUCUCUGUGCCAGGGGCUGUGCUGCCGUCCUGGACACAGGCACACCAGUCAUCACAGGACCCAGCGAGGAGAUCCGGGCCCUGCACAAGGCCAUUGGGGGACUCCCCUUUCUGGGUGGGGAGUACUUCAUCCCAUGCUCGCUAAUCCCAAAGCUCCCCACAGUGUCCUUCCUCCUCGGGGACGUCUGGUUUAACCUCACGGCCGAGGAUUACGUCAUCCAGUUUCCUCAAGGUGGCCUCCCUGUCUGCCUCUCCGGCUUCCGGGCAGUGGACGUGCCUCCGCCAGCGGGACCCUUCUGGAUCCUCGGCGAUGUCUUUCUGGGCGCCUACGUGGCCGUGUUCGACCGUGGGGACCCAAAGGGCGGCGCCCGGGUGGGACUGGCGCGUGCACGCUCUCGGGGUGCUGCCUCACAGGGCGAUGCACAGGGGCAGCCGCGGGGGUGAAGG